AAGUCUUAAGAACCCUAAAUGCUGUUGCUCACGACGAGAAGACGAUCGAUCUUCGCAUUCGUUCGCUACUGCAGCUGCUCGGCAUCGGCAGAAGCUCUCGGAAAUCCUUCUCGCAAUGAAGAAUCCCAGCGGGUUCUCCGCCAAAUCGCUGAAUCCGGGAGCUUGGACGAGGCAUGGGCGGCGAUCGAGAGCCUGGAGAACCCUCCGGCGGCGCUGCUCUUCGACUCGAUCACGGCAUUUGCCCGGAUCGGGGAUUCUAGGUCGGCAUUCCACCUCUUCCGCAGGAUACUACUCCAGGGCGUGCCGCCGAGCUCCCACAUCCUCGUCCCUCUCCUCAAGCUCUGCUCCACAGUGGUGUUCUUGGCGGUCGGGAGGACGAUCCACGCCAUGGUCGCGGAGCGCGGGCUCGAUCGCGAGAUCUUCGUGGGAAACACGAUCAUCACCAUGUACAGGAAGUGUGGCGCCAUGGCCGACGCGAUCGACUACUUCCGGGCGAUGCCCCAGCGCAACACAAUCUCCUGGAACGCGAUCGUCACGGCAUUUGCCGAGAAUGGGGAUCGAGAGGAGGCGAUGGAUUCCUUCCACCGGAUGCAGCACGAGGGCUUCUUGCCAAACCGGGUGACCUUCCUGGCGAUGCUGGGAUCGCUGAGUGGCAAGAACGCGCUGAUCCAAGCCACGAGACUCCACGAUCUUCUCCUCGCCAGUGGAAUCGCGGUGGAGCCGAGCGUUGCCAACGCGAUCCUUAACGCUUGCAGCAAGAACGGUGGCCUGAUUGCCGCGAGGAGAGCUUUCGAUCGAACGCUCCACCGGGACAUCAUCACCUGGACGACGAUGAUCGACGCCUACUCCGAGAGUGGGAUCUCCAGCGCCGCGUUCCAGCUCUUCCGGCUCAUGCUCCACGACGGCCACCUCGUUCCAAACAAGAUCACCUUCGUGGCGCUGCUCAAGGGCUGCUCGAUCCUGCCCGAGGCUCGCUUCCUCGACGCGAUCAUCCGCGAGAGUGGCUACGAAUCCAACUCCAUCAUCGCCAACAAUCUCAUCAAGGCCUUCUCGCGGUGUGGCAGCCCGGAUCACGCUCGCGCGGCGUUCGAGCGAGUGAUCUCCAAGGACACCAUCCUCUGGACUGGAAUGAUCACCGCCUACGCGGAGCACGGCCUCCACGACGAAGCUCUCCGGCUCUACGCGCUCAUGCAAAGCGAGGGGCUCGCCCCGGACAGGAUCACUUACACGACCAUCCUCGACGUUUGCGCGAGGUCCACCGCCAUCGCCGAGGGGAAGCUCGUCCACGCCGCCAUCGCCAAGAGCGGCAUCGAGCUCGACACCGCGCUGGAGAACUCCAUCCUCAACAUGUAUGGCAAGUGUGGAAAGAUGGCGGAGACGCGGGACUUCUUCGCCAGCAUCCGCCACCCGGACUUACUCUCCUGGUCGAUCUACAUCUCGUCUCACGCUCACCACGGUCACGGGCGACGAGCUCUGGAGCUCUUCCGCGAGAUGGUCCACGCCGGAGUAGAGGCCGACUACUCGGCCUUCGUCAACAUCCUCUCGGCUUGCCGGCACGCCGGUUUGGUGAGCGAAGGCUGCGAGAUCUUCCACCGGAUGGUGGCCGACUGUGGAUUCGCCGCUCGCUCCGAGCAGUACUGCUGCCUGGUGGAUCUCCUGGGACGAUCCGGACGACUCGACUUGGCGGAGGAAGUUCUUCGCGGCAUGCCUUUCCGUCCGGGGCAAGUAACGUGGAAGGCAUUUUUGAGUGCGUGCAAGCAACAGGGAGACUUGGAGCGAGCAAAGCUUGCUGCGGACAAAGUUUUGGAGAUUGAUCCGGGCAGCACCUCGGCGUUUGUGGUGCUGUCCAAUACACUCAAGGAGGAGCCCAGCGGUGUCACGCAUGAGCAAGAGAUGGCUUGCGCGGUGGUGGAAGAAAGCUUGGAGCUCGAGCAAAGUGGUGUCCAAGAAAAAAAAGAAGUACAAGGGAAUGCGAUGCGUUAUAACUUGCGUGCUACGUGGCGGAAGGGCUCUGGUCGGGAAUCGCUUCUUUAGCGGGGCAGCACAAAUUUAGCUCGAGCGCUGGUGGUUUUAGACGCUGGAGGGAGCGAUGGCGGAGGCAAAGAUCGGGCAGAGCUCCUCGUCUCAUGGAGAAGGCAGGCACGCCGAGAUGACUCCACUGCAGAAGCACGUCGCGUUUUUCGAUCGAAAUGGCGAUGGUAUCGUUUAUCCGUGGGAGACGUACA